AGGAAAGUGAUGAAGAUGAUAGCCAGAGAGAAGAGGAGAGAGCAGAACCUCUCACAGUGCCACAGGACAAGAACAAAGAGCAGAAUCUUUCACAAUGGUGCAGGACAAUGUCCCUCAAGAAGUUGAUGAUGUCCACUCCUCCCAUGGACUAACAGAAGAGCAAAGCAUCAUCUCGAUUCUCUCCUUUGCAUUGAGACCCAACACAACAGGUGUAUUAAUGGAAGACCUGCUGAAACUGCUCAAAUUGCAUUCUGCUCGGACUAGUGCAGUGAAAGACAGUGAAAGCCAGUUUACAGGAAGGACAUUUCUUUAUUCACAUGCCAUUGAAGGAUCAGCUGAAAGACAUUCUUGAGAACCAGGGUAUGCAUGAUCUAUGUUUUUGUGCUGAUGCCGGUACAAAGCAUGUAAUAAAUGACAUAUGUGAUGGCACCUUAUAUCAGACUGUAAGAGGAUUUUCUGUCUCUUACAUUCAACUGUGAUGGUGUACCAGCUUUUCAGUCCUCCAAAUUUAGUAUUUGGCCAAUAUUAUGCUGUGUUAAUGAGAUACUACCUGAGAGUAGGGAUAAACAUAUACUUUUAUGUGGUUUGUGGUUUGGAUCCAAGAAGCCAGACAUGUCCUGCUUCUUUAAACCAUUUGUUGAGGAGUGUGCCAAUCUUUCUCAAGCUGGUUUUGAUUGGCUGCAUCCUAGUGACCAGUCAUUGAGACACAUUGUGCUGUGUGUGUGAUGCAGUUGCAAGGCCAUUACUACAGAAUUUUAAGCAGUGGAAUGGUGAGUAUGGCUGUGGAGUCUGCCUUCACCCUGGGAUGCAAACAAGGAAAGGAAAAGGAAGCACAAGGGUUUAUGCAUGUCCAGAUGAAAAGCCAAGUGACAGAAAUCAUAAAACCACAGUAAAAACAGGACAAAUAGCUGAAAGAGAAGGGAAGACCAUAUUGGGCAUAAAGGGCUCAUCUGCUCUUGCAGAUUUACCAUUGUUUGAUCUAAUUAAUGGGAUGGUCCCUGACUACAUGCACUGUGUGUUGCUUGGUGUGUGCAGAUACAUGGCGACUUUAUGGGUGGAUUCUAAAAGCAGUUCUGAGCCAUGGUAUAUUGGUGCACAAACAGCCAUCAUUGACAGACACCUCUUGUCUAUUAAACCUCCAAGUAUUGUUGCUCGAGUUCCAAGAUCUCUAAUAGAACGCAAAUUCUGGAAAGCCCAUGAGUGGCAGCACUGGCUUUUGUACUACAGCUUGCCAGUUCUGAAAGGCAUACUUCCACAGAGGUAUCACUCUCAUUGGGCAUUACUGAUAGAGGGCAUAAGCAUUCUGUUGGGGUCUGAAUUAAAUGCUGAGCUGAUAAAUCACUCACAUGUUUCAUUAGUGUACUUUGUUGGAGCUGUGCAGUCACUGUAUGGGAAAGAGCACAUGACAUUCAAUGUUCAUUCACUACUGCAUUUAAGCAAAAGUGUUGUACACUGGGGUCCUCUGUGGGCUCACUCAGCCUUCAUGUUUGAAGAUUUCAACGGGUACCUCCUGAAACAAGUAAAAAGUAGUCAAGCUGUUCCACAACAAAUAUGCAAACAAGUGGCAUUAUCCCGUGCUUUCCCCUGUUUAGCAAAGCAAUUCUUGACAAAUGCAUCGGCAGAAGUUAAAGAUUUCUGCAAUGAAAUGAGACAGGGAAACCAGCAUGUCAAGAAGUAUACAAAGUUGACUGAGGUGACUGCCCUUGGUCCACCAAAUGUGAGAUUAAUAUCUCUUGGUGACCAAGCUGCUCUCCACACAGUGAGAGAGGUUCCCACAAACUCUGUGGUGAGUUACUACAAGAGAAUUGCUGUAAUUGGUGGUGUUGUUCAUGGUCAUACCUACACCAAAAUAAAACAAAGAAACAACUCUGUUGUGCUUUUGAAGGAUGGAAGUAUUUUUACAGUCUCACACUUUAUUGACAUGGGUGAUAAAUGUGUAUAUGCCAUAGGAAAAUAUGGCAAAUGUACAGUGCAGAAGUUGGCCAGAGGUUCUAUAAUCAGAACUCAACUGAGCUACAUGUCAACUGUUCACUUUCCCACAGGCUUUCACAAAGCCAUAAAUGCCACUCUGAUAGUAAGACCAUGUAUGUACAUACAGUGUCCACAGUCCCACUCGAUCGUGUGUCGGCUACUUAAUAUGUAUUACUGUAAAUGAUUGAGUGUUGACUGUGAAGGUGGAGUUAUUGCUGUUGUGUUUCUGAGCAGAAAAGGAAAUAUUUGUCCAAAUUUUUAUUGUUACAAAUUCAAUUCUAAUUCUUAUUCUAAUGUAAUCUGCUGAUCUUGUGCAAAAUGUAAAAUAUUUCUACAACAAGAAUGGAAUGAAUAUGAUUGUAUAUAAUUGCUCCUAAAAUGUUAAACAAUAUUUUGCAUGAAAACCCGCUUUUAGUCGACUCGUGAUUUCCCUGUAAUUUCAUUGUCAAAUCAUGUUGUUUAUUUGAAUUUCUCACAUUUG